GCGCUAAAGAGGCAGCUCAGGAAGAGGAAAAUGGAAUAAACAACCCCGCAGCCGCCGCCAGGACCAUUGAGCAGCCUGGCCGAGGCUUCCCUCCUCCCGCUUCGUCUUCCUUGGCGGGCUCGCUCGGCCUUCCCUCGGAAGAAGCGCCCGCUUCUUUCCUCCUCCCUCCCCCUUCCCCCCGUCGGCGGCCCUCAGGCUGUGACAGCAGCGGCUGCUCCCGCUCCCCGCCUUGCCUCCCCCAUGGUGCCGCGGCCGGCAGCGGCGGUGCCUCCUGAGGCGGCCUCGCUCCUCCCGCUGCUGCUGUAGCGGCCGCCAUGAACAGCGGCGGGAUCCCCUGCUCCUCCCCGGUGGCAGCGGCGGCGGUGGUGGGGCCACCUCCGGGGCCUGGGGCGGGGGUUCCGGCGGUGGCCCCCGGCGGGGUGAAGCUCAAGUUCUGCCGCUACUACGCCAAGGACAAGACGUGCUUCUACGGCGAGGAGUGCCAGUUCCUCCACGAGGAGCCCGGCAGCAGCGCCGCCUCCGCCGCCUGCCCGGGCCCGCCGCCCCCAGGCGCCCUCGGCGGGCUUCCGCUCGGCCUCCCGCCGGGCCCUGCCGCUCCUCCGGUCGCCGCAUCGCCGGGGCACGGUGGCGGCGGUGGCGGCGGCGGAGGCUAUCCGGGUCACGGGGCGGCGGCGCCUGUGCCUAAGAAGCCUCCUGAGUUGGUGGCGGGCGGCGGCGGCCACGGAGGAGCGAGCGGCGGAGUGGGGAUGGACGGACCCCGGCUGGCCAUUCCGGGAAUAGAUGGAAGUUCUCUAGCUGAAGCUAGUCUUACAGACUCCUACUUCAGUACCAGUUUCAUUGGUGUUAAUGGAUUUGGAAGUCCUGCAGAAGCAAAGUAUCCUAUGAUGCAGAGGAUGACAAAUAGCAGCAGUUCCCCAAGCCUUCUCAAUGACAGUGCCAAGUCGUAUGCAGGCCAUGAUCCUCUAACUUCACCUGCUUCGUCCUUGUUUAAUGACUUUGCUGCUCUCAGCUUAUCUCAAAGGAGAAAGCCAAGGAAGUAUCGACUGGGGAUGCUGGAGGAGAGGAUAGUUCCGGUGGGAUCAAAGGCACGAAAAUCAAAGAACCCUAUUGGCUGCCUGGCUGACAGGUGUAAAACAGGAGUACCCAUCAAUAUGGUUUGGUGGAACAGAGUCACAGAAAACAAUUUACAGACACCAAAUCCAGCUGCAAGUGAGUUUAUUCCUAAAGGAGGAUCGACCUCCCGACUUGGUAACAUGUCACAGUCAAAUAUGUCUGCCUUCUCUCAAGCCUUGUUCUCUCAUCCUUCCAUGGGAAGUCCUGCAAAUGCUGGGCUAGCUCCAGGAAUGUCACUGUCAGCAGGAUCUUCUCCUCUUCAUUCCCCUAAGAUUACUCCUCACACGUCUCCUGCUCCUAGACGAAGAAGUCACACACCAAACCCAGCAAAUUAUAUGGUGCCUACUAGUGCCUCUACACCUGUAACUAAUGCUGUCUCCCAGCCCCCAGCUACUGGUCAGGUGAUUCAGAAGGAAACUGUGGGAGGCACAACCUAUUUCUAUACUGACACAACUCCAGCACCUGUAACUGGAAUGGUAUUCCCAAACUACCACAUCUAUCCUCCAACUGCACCUCAUGUUGCUUAUAUGCAGCCGAAAGCAAAUGCACCUUCCUUCUUUAUGGCAGAUGAACUCAGACAGGAGCUGAUCAACAGACACUUAAUUGCGAUGGCUCAGAUAGACCAAGCAGAUAUGCCUACUGUCCCAACGGAAGUGGACAGCUACCACAGCCUUUUCCCUUUAGAACCACUGCCACCACCCAAUCGGAUACAGAAAACAAGCAACUUUGGGUACAUAACAUCAUGCUACAAAGCUGUAAAUAGCAAAGAUGAUCUGCCAUAUUGCCUUCGGAGGAUACAUGGUUUUCGUCUUGUUAACACAAAGUGCAUGGUGUUGGUUGACAUGUGGAAAAAAAUCCAGCACUCGAAUAUUGUAACGUUGCGAGAAGUAUUCACCACAAAAGCAUUUGGAGAGCAUUCUCUUGUGUUUGCGUAUGAUUUCCAUGCUGGAGGAGAGACUAUGAUGAGCAGACACUUCAAUGAUCCUAGCGCUGAUGCCUAUUUCACAAAAAGAAAGUGGGGUCAACAUGAUGGACCUCUGCCCCGGCAACAUGCUGGUUUGUUACCUGAAUCCUUGAUUUGGGCUUAUAUCGUGCAACUCAGCUCUGCGUUGCGGACCAUUCAUACAGCAGGAUUGGCCUGUCGAGUAAUGGACCCCACAAAGAUUCUGGUAACUGGUAAAACGAGGUUGCGAGUAAAUUGUGUUGGAGUCUUUGAUGUGUUAACAUUCGAUAACAGCCAAAACAAUCCCUUGGCGCUAAUGGCCCAAUACCAACAAGCUGACUUGAUUUCCCUAGGGAAGGUUGUGUUGGCUUUGGCUUGCAAUUCCUUGGCAGGAAUUCAGAGGGAGAAUUUACAGAAAGCUAUGGAACUGGUGACAAUCAACUAUUCCUCUGAUUUGAAGAAUCUUAUUUUGUAUUUGCUGACUGACCAAAACAGGCUUCGAAGUGUCAAUGAUAUCAUGCCUAUGAUUGGUGCACGAUUCUACACGCAGUUGGAUGCUGCCCAAAUGAGAAAUGAUGUAAUAGAAGAAGACCUUGCAAAGGAAGUUCAGAAUGGAAGAUUAUUUCGGCUUCUUGCAAAAUUGGGAACAAUCAAUGAGAGGCCAGAAUUUCAGAAGGACCCAACAUGGUCAGAAACUGGAGACAGAUAUCUCCUGAAGCUCUUUCGGGAUCAUCUUUUCCAUCAGGUGACGGAAGCGGGUACUCCCUGGAUAGACCUCAGUCACAUUAUCUCUUGUCUUAACAAGCUAGAUGCUGGUGUGCCAGAAAAAAUAAGCCUCAUUUCCAGAGAUGAGAAGAGUGUACUUGUGGUAACGUAUAGUGACCUGAAGCGCUGCUUUGAAAACACUUUUCAGGAACUGGUUGCAGCCGCUAACGGGCAGUUGUAGUAUUUGCUGAAAGCAUGCCGGACAUUGCUGAGGAACGUCACCAAUAGCAAAUUGCACUACAGCUGAAUCGUCGUCAUCUCAUUUCACAUUUCGGGAAACAAACAGCAGGAGAUGUUGCACUUCAGUCAGGUACACUGUUACUUGAAGGGAAGAAUGUUUUGUGCUUACCCUUGAACUCUGGCUGCCAUUGGAGGCUUUAUCUGUGAAGAAUUUAUUUUAAAAUAAGGAACACAUCAGGGCAUGAUGUUCCUGCUUUUAUUUUUUUUCCACUCGUAUAUGCACUAAUUUUAAUUUUUUUAAAGGACUUUCUGAACUUUGAUGUUUUGCCACAUUGGAUAUUUACUAAGGGAAUCUCUUUGCAAGGACAUUUCUAGGAUAAUCUUUUUUUUUUGCCACUGAGUAUACUGCAGAAUUUAUUCAUUUUGAUAUUAUUUGCACCCCAGAAUACUAUAAAGGACCAGGUGAAUAAUUUUAUAGAAAUUGUGUUCUGUAAAUUACAGUGUCGCUUGUAACCUCUGUACAUGUGUCAUAUGCCACCCCACUGUUGGUUAACCAAUUGACCCAGAAGAUGCAUAUUUUAAAAAAAAUCAAGUGAAGUAUAGAAUCGUCACAUGUAAAACCCCCCUUUUAUCUGGUUGAAGCUUUGUCUAAGCAACAUAGCGCCGUUUUGAAACAGAGAAGCAUCUGUAACUUCCAGGAGCAUAUCCAAAUUGCUCUGAACACGACCAGCGCCUUUUAAAUAAAAUACCUGUUUGUAUAUUUUCCUGCUAGUCAGAUGCAUUUACAUUUAUGCAAUUUUUAAUAGAGGUUUUUUUAAAAGAAAUUGUGCUACAGGCCUGAAGCUUCAGGAGUGUAUUCCUUUAAGUUACUUACCGUAUAAUUUUUUUUUUGUAUAAAGUUCUGUUCUUUGAACCACAGCUUUAUUAUGGUACUUUACACUGGAUACAGAUACAAAGACACUGUUCAGAAGAUUAACUACACACAGCAGUUGUCUGGCAUCAAGAGCUUUUGAAGUUUUAUAGCCUGAUUCUGGAAGAAUGGUGGUCUGCUGUGCCUUUUGCAGCUGCUACUUAGCCCAAAGUAAAAUUACUUCUGAUAGUAACUCAACACAUGAAUAUUCAAUCUUCAAGUCUGGACAUUUUUUCCUCCCUCCUCCUCAAUUAACUUUCUGAUAUUGGACCUGCCGUUGACUCCAAGCUUGGGUAUUCAAGGGAAUUUGUAGUAGAACACCUACACUUUGAUACUGAAGACUGCCAAAUAUGUAGGAUUCCCCCCCUUUCUUAAUGUGGUAGUGAAGACUGUGUGUAUAUAUAUAUCUACAUCCUUCCCGCUCCCCUCCGCCCCCAGCACUGAAUGUUUUAAUAGCACUGGGUGCUCACCAUGAAGAAAAUGUGGAGAUGCUUUCCAAAAGGUCAGGACUGACUUCAAAAGCACGUGCAACUGAUGUUACUGGUUUUCAUUUUAUUAAUUCUCAAUAUUUGUAAUUUUAGAGAAAUUUUUAAUAACCCUUUCCAGUUUUAUAAGCUUUAAAGAUGACAGACCUCCUUCCGAUUUGCCUUGUGGAAACUCUUCACAGCAAAGGCAUUGCAAAGCGAGGGGUGCCCUUGAACAGACUAAGGAGACGUGUUCAAUCCUGUGAUCAGCAGCAUCAGUUGACGAGCUUAAAUGAAAUCAGUUAUCAUUUAAUCCGAACCGAUUUUAAAAAGGAUCAUAACGUUUAAUAUUCAGAGAACAGUUGCCAUAAUAUUGUUCUUUUUUUAACGUCAAAAGGAACAGGGACUUUGAAAUAUGAACAUGGCAAAACCAGUCUUUUAUCAUAAACUCAUGUAUUUGAGGAAGAGCAGCUGUCUUUUAUAUGUUUUUUGGAAAAAAAUCAUAUUGUAAUUCUUUUGUACAAAAAAGUAGUACUUGUAUUCUAGAAGAAAUAUUGAAUGCUUAAUUUAUAAGCGGGCUGAGGCUUUUCCCCUUUUCCCACUUUUUUUUUUUAAAUGAAAGGGGAUCAUCUCUUCAGUUGUGGGAACUGGGAACCUUUUGACAGAUUAUUUUGUGGACCAAUAUUUUGGGACAAGCAAAGGCAAAGGGGUAACGCAGGGCUUCGAUCUCAUCCUCACCAGACCAGCAAAGUUGCUUCUGAAAUUUGCUUUUGAAAGGCAAGUUGCAUUUUGCUAACUUGUGUCAUUACGUUAAGUGUCCAUUGCUUUGGCCCCAGUAAUCUCAGGACUUGGUUUAAAGUGGGGGGUUGGGAGGGAGAGCAGAGAGCCAAUACGUUUCCAUAAAUAAAUGCCAUCCAGGAAAUAUUUGCUGUUGGGUAAUGCAUAGAACAGUGUGGAGUUUCAUUUGUUUUUAUUUGGUCCAUGUUUUGGAAUUUUUUUUUUUUUUGCUUUGGUGUUUUUUGGGGAGAGCCGUUCUACUCCAUCAUAAUUCCAUUUAAAGGCUGUCCGAAAACUACCAAGUUCCAUUCAUAGGAAGAGUUGUGUAUACAAUCCCUAAAACAGAGAAUCAAUCAGGUCUCCCAGAGUGUACACUUUCCAUAUAGGGAAACCAUUUUUACCUUCCUAGUUUUACUGUUGAAAGCACAGAAAGGACAACCUUUUCCCCCAAAUCAUGUGAUGCUAUAAAUUCCAUUUCUUACCUUUUCCCCCCCUUUUUUUUUAAAGAUUGCUUGUUUGGGUUUUGUUUUGUGUUUGCUACACUGUAAAUACUUUGGGGAACAUAAUUUUUUUUGCCUUUGUUCUGGUAAAAUUUUAGAUGUCAACAGCUUUCCCUAAAAAGCACCAGUAUGUUACAUUCUGAUGUCACGAUCCCACUGUGUUACCUUUUAAUCCUGUUUUUUUUUCAUUCUUUUCAUGUGUACAGCAGUAUUUUUAAUAAAGAAUACCAGAAAUAACA